UCCCCUCAGUUCUUCUGAGGUAAUAGUUUAAAAGCUGCCUUGGUCCGGGCGACCCAAUUACCCUAUGAAAGUUAAUCCCACCCCAGAGAAGCCCUGCUCGUCUGAACAAGACUGGGAGGGCUGAAACGGGUCAGGAGAAGGACUUGGAAACCGGAAAAAGUCACAGAGGACUUUGGAGCAUUGCUGGAGCUGCUUGUGCUGGCAGAAACAGGCACAGCGGUGCAUAACCAUCGCCAGGAGACACCGUUCACUACACCAGGGCAAGGGGACGGGGACGGGGACGGGGGGGUGAGACGUGGAGCAGGAACACUUGAACACUGUUCAAUGUGCCAACAAAAAGAAAGACAAAAGACCUACCGCUUACCCUUAGAGAAGGUGGGACCAGUCGAGCAGUGCUAGAAGAUCUGAGGAAGCAUUGUGCCGUGUGAGGAGUGAUCGGACCGCUGAGGUGGAGCUACCUGGUAAUUGAAAUGGAGGCCUGGAAAAAGGACCAAUGAUGAGCAAGAGUCCGACCGGAGGAGGCGAAGCCUUCCAUUUAAAAGCAGCUCCUGAAGUCCCCAGGGGGGGAAAUGAGAGGGGAAAAUGAAAGGGGAAGGAAUGAAAGAAGAGCAAAAGCUUGUUGGUAGUUGUCGCUAGUUGUCUUGAUUACUAGCUCACCUGGUUGAGGAACAGCCAAUCUGGCAACCCAUGCUGUUGGGCUCCGGUGCUGAAUUGAAGCGCAGAGUGAGGAGCUGAAACUCUCCAUCAUCAGCACGGUGUCUGCGCGCUGCGUCUGCGCCCGCGCCCGCGCCCGGCAUCUCCACCUCCACCUUCACCUCCAACUUUCUCUUCGAUUUCUCCUCGGAGGAAGCGGAAUGACCGCAUCCACCAUCCGAGCGCUGGAUUUUCAUUCUGAAACCCACGAUCCUGUCGCCAGCGUCAGGCAUGAGAUCUUUCUGCUCUUCUGGGAAGAAGACGGAAAGAAGGAAUAAUGUUUAUGCGAAACGGGUUCGUGGAGCUCGCGUCCUCCUCAUCCUCAUCUCCAGCCUCAUCUCCAGCCUCAUCAGCAUCCAAGUCGAUUUGAACCGACUCCAUGGAGCAUGAGCUUUAAUUCUUCCUGAUUUUAUUUGCAUCUUUCUUUUUCCCUUUUUUCCUUUUCUUUUUUUUCUUUCUUUCUUUUUUCUUUUUUUUUUUUAUGUCAAACCAAGACGGAUUAUUUGGGAAUUGGGAUUUUCUUGGAAACUCCACUGAGGAGCAUCAGGAAGGUGUUUCCGACACAGUGGAAGCAGACAUCUCAACCUGGCCUGGCGUGGCGCAGGAUGGGCCGUCUCCUGGGAGUGAGCUGCAUGCUCCUGCUCGCCCUGACCGCCUCCGUGUCUUCAGCCUCCCUCGUUCCAGAGGACUAUGCGGCCGAUGAGGCUGAGCGCAACAACAACGACGUGCUGUUCGACGACUACCGCGGCAAAGGCUGCGUGGACGACAGCGGCUUUGUCUACAAGCUCGGAGAGCGUUUCUUUCCCGGCCACUCGAACUGCCCGUGUGUGUGCACUGAAGAUGGACCUGUGUGUGACCAGCCCGAGUGCCCCAAAAUCCACCCCAAGUGCACCAAGGUGGAGCACAAUGGAUGCUGCCCCGAGUGCAAGGAGCUCAAGAACUUUUGCGAGUACAGAGGCAAGACAUACAAAAUAUUGGAGGAGUUCAAGCCGUCUCCGUGCGAGUGGUGUCGCUGCGAGCCGAACAGCGAGGUGCACUGCGUGGUGGCCGACUGCGCCGUUCCCGAGUGUGUUAAUCCGGUGUACGAGCCGGAGCAGUGCUGCCCUAUAUGUAAAAACGGACCGAACUGCUACGCCGGAACGACAAUCAUCCCGGCUGGCAUCGAAGUGAAAGUGGACGACUGCACCAUCUGCCGCUGCCACAGUGGGGACUGGUGGAAGCCGGCGCAGUGUCUCAGGCGCGAGUGUCUCAAUGGACAGACGUCCUAAAAACUCUUACCGUUAAAAGAGAGAAAGAGAAAGAGAGACAGAAACAUGACCGGGGAUUGACAGGCAGAGCCCAGACCCACGGGGGACCGUCCACUUUCCAGGACACGUACUGUGGGGAGGGACUGACUGGCACGAGCACAAAACACGGCUGGAUGAAGUGAGGCUGCUGAGAGACAACCUCACACACACACUGAAUCAAACACUGGACACACCGCCGAGGAGCAUCUGGAGUCCAUCAAGGGACAAAAGCUGUGGUUCUGUUUUUGUUUUAAAGCUUCUUUGUAGGUAUAAUUCUCACGUAUGCUGCUCAAACACAGAGUUACACACAAACAUAGACAUAUAUGCAUAUUUAUAUAUAUACAUAUAUUUCAUGAUUCAAUGAUGGAUGAUAUUUAUUUAUUCAGCGCCGCUCAGGGGAGUACGCUACCCGGAACGCCACCUGUGCACUGUGCAAUUUCACUGAAAACAAAGAAUCCAAUCUUUCUGAUUGUGUGAAUGCUGCUACCAUGUCCAUCUCGAAUCCACCAGUAAGAGGACAGAGUAGGAUGAUGCCGGAUUAACGGUGUCCGAGGGUCACACUAACGGAUCAAAAAUUAAAUUAGCAUCGUACGAUAACCUUUCACAACAAAACUCCUCGAGCUUAGCGUGCAGAUCGCACAGAACGUAGAUGUUUUCUUCAAUGGCAGGAUCUUCAGAGGGGGAAGAUGUAAUCAUAAUGUGGAUCUUUAAGAACCUUUUAUUUACAUCUUGUACAAUUGUGUGAGAAGGAAUUAUUAUAUAAAAUAAAUAAAUAUAUCAAUUCCCUUUAUUUAUUACGAACGAGGAUUGCGAGAUUUCAUUAAUAAUAAAAUAAUCAAAUGAUUAAUUAUUCCGGAUCGUGACUGGCAAUGCUGAGCUGUAGGUGGAGGAAAUCGAAUCCAAAAAAAGGAAUUUUUACCACAAACUGAUUUCGUGAUUAUGCACUUUAUGAUUGUAAUUAUUAUUAUAAUUAUUAUAAUUAUUAUUAAAAUUAUUAUUAUUAUUAAUACUUCAUGUGAUUAAACAAAACCCCCGUAAUGACGGUCUGAAAUUUCAUCCCAGCAGAGAAAUGUGAUUAGUAGGGAAAAUCUAGAGGGCAGGAUUUAGGGUUGGACAAUGCGAUAACAUUUGAGAUGAUAUUUUUGCAAUACUUCUGGGAUGUUUGAUUAGCCCACAUACACAUUGCCCACAAAAACGCUUAAAAAUGAUGGUUAUUAUAACUAUUAAAAAAAAAGAUAUCAUGCCAGACACAAAAUCUGGAAAAAAUUAAAAAUCAGGAUUAUCGUAUCGCUCAGCCCCAUCGGCCAGAGAAAGAGCAGAAGAAGUGGCGCUCUCAAUCCACAGAGAUGUCAGCGAACGUAAAAAGGGUCAAGAAACGAUGUAAUAGAGUUUUCGCAAAGUAUAUAAUCUCCCUGAAAUGUUCUGGAAGCGGCAGAUACACAAUGUGCAAUCAGUAACAAUCCAGCCGCCAUCUUGAAUUUAGUUUGAUCUGCAAUGCAGUCUGGGGUAUAUUACACGAGUCAGGAUAUGCACACAUCAUGUAUUAAUAUUUCAAGCUUCCCAUAUGCUGAUCUUUUGGACGUUGACACAUAGUAGGGUUUCAGAUACGGCCGAUCUAAAUAAACCUGACAGCAGCUAAAGAGCUAGCGGAAUGCAAAGGAGGGAAAGAGUUUAGCGAGAGCAUUUUAUUUAUCUUUACUGAUAGACGAAUCUGGAUGCUGAAGAAUAAAGAAGAAAUUGCUUUUUCGGUCUGCGAAAGAGACUUUUAGAGUUACUUCUUUCUAAAUAACAAACAAGCUAUUACUGCAGAGCAAGACCCACAUUCUUACCUUUCUAGACGCUAAAUUGAACGAUCCUGAAAUUCUUCCUAGAAUGUAUGCUAUUUAUAUUUUUUUCUACAUAUACUAUUCACGCCUAUAAAACUAACGGAGUAUGAAAAGCUGUGAAAAGCCAAACACACAUUACGGUUUAAUGGGACCUGGGCAGAAGUGGUGAGAAUGAAUGAGCCAAUCAUUUCGAUUUAUCCUUCCUGUUUAUCGUCAUAACGAGUUUGCGCAAAAUUGAGAAAAUCCCAUGUUGCUUUGCUGCCAUGUUGCUCGCUAGAGUUACAAGUGGUGAAAUGGUAGGUUCUGUUAGAUCUAGCUCUAGAGGAGAUCAUUUUCUCCAUCAACCAAGGUGCUUUCGGAUUUAUUUGUCCCUUGAUCAUGCUUAAAUCAAAGCUAAAAUGCUCAAAAAGGAUUCAUCCUCCCUUUUCUUGAAAAUUUGUAUUUGUACUACUAUUACCACUAAAAUAUACUUAAAAGUAGGUGGCACCUGACCAUAUAAUUGCUAUGUGCUUGUUUUUGAGCAUCCGAUUCCAUAUUUUGUCCCCAUCAUAAUAACCUCCACUCUUUUGGGAAGAUGUACCACUAGAUCUUUUUUAUUU